CCCGCUCCGCCUGCCCAGUCAACCUCCAAUAAAAAUCGUCUUCUUCACCACAAGGUUUUGGCGCGAAACGAGGUGGAUGGCUUCUACUACGCAGGCUUGGUAGUGCGCUGUUUGAACUCACGUUAUGUCGAGGUUGACUUCCGGGAUUUUGACCGUCAGGUUGUUUCCUCUAGAUACGUCAUUGCUAUGCAGGGAGCCAGGCCUUGUCCGUCACUUAAGGUUCAGUAUCCCUUACUUUCUGUAAAAAAUGCAGGUUACAAUGUUGUGGGUCGUGUUGUAUUAGAGGGAUCAGGCAUAACUUGGUUACGCUAUCCUCCGUUUCUUGUCUCGAAGGUGUAGAUUACUGAGUUGUACCGAUUCUUUUUUUCAUAUAUAGUCAGGCGUUUUUAGGUGAUAUAUUUGCUUCCAUCUGCGGCGUUUAGUCAAGUAAAAAGGGUAACUCUCCAUUUAUACGUUUUCUUUUUGUGCAAUAUUCCUGUGCUGUAUUACAUAUCCUUAUGCUCAUGUGCAUCACGCAAAGCAGUUAUAUUUUUUUUUCUUCAUCAAAGUGGUCGCACUUUUAUCUGUUUAUUGGCCCCUUGGAACUAAUCCAAUCUUCAUCUUAGCUUGGGGGUGUGUGGUAGAGACGUUACAGCCUACCAGUAUCGCAAAAGACGAGUCUAGUUCACCCUCAGAGUACGUUGCAUUGAUGGUAUUUUAUUUUAAACUGAUGUGUUUUUUGUUCAACAGGUUGGCGACUAUGUUCUCGUCAAGACCCUCGUUCCGCGCGAGGAAGAAGAUGAUGAGAUAAUUGACGGCGUGCAGUGUUACGUCCCUGGAAUCGUUCAAGUUGUUCCACUCAGAAAAGCUACAGCCACCAAGUGCUACACAAUACUACGCUUUAAUGGUAAAAAGGUCGGUAAAGGUCAACUCUACAGUAACGAGACCCUCUCUUAAGCGAAGACGUUUCAGGCCUCUCACCUAUUUGGUCAUGGUUCGAAUCAGAAAUAGAGAGGAGAUGGGUGACUACACGUUAUCAUGGUAGCGAAAUAUCUAGAUCUCGACAAUCUUUCUUGACAGAGACAGCCAUUUGUCAAACGAUGGAAGAAAAGUAUAGGCUACCNUUUUUUUUUUUUCUGCCAUAUUUGCAGGACCAUGGUUUCUUGAGAUCCAGAAAUUUUGCUACCAAUGCAACCUGACGUAACGAUUACUGUUAUGAUUUGUCUUGUUUUCUCUUCUUCUCUUAACAAACACUACCAAAUCUUUCAUAGUCGCUACGGGGGUAAAUGAGUUAUGUUCAUUUUUGUUUGUUUGCCUUGUUUUUACAUGAAAGCGACAGUAAUUCUGUCCGAGAGGUAUUUAUUCCUAGUAAUGAACGACUUGGUCCAUUUAGCGGAGACUAUAUGUAAUAUUGCCGUUCUGUCGAGAUUAUUUAAACGUAAACUCAUUGUGUUCCUAAUAAAAGUCCUGUCCUGUUGUCAUGUCUACAUUCAGUUUCAACUGAUGUAUCUUUUCGAUUACAUUAUAUUCAGAUAACAUCCGUGAGGAAUGACUUGGUGAAGAUUUCUAAAGCACGCUACACAUUCGCCUGUCGCUACAUCAGAGAUGCUUUGCUUUCUGCUUAUCGAUCGUAAGUUGAAGUAAACUAACAUUACUCUCUAAUCUUUUUGGAAGAGAGGUUUCCAGUUCAGUGCAUUUUUACUUUCAAAAGUGCAGGUAUCAAGAGUACUUUUCGUGGCGAACUUAGAAGUCAGUGCUAAUUUUAAAACUACAUUUUCAGUUCCCUGACUUUAUCUUGGGGCGUCUAAUCAAUGCGCCUCCGUUACUUCUUUUAGAACAACGCCGUUUGGAAUGUACUUAAAAGAGGCUGAAGAAGACGCUCUCUCCGAGGAUAAAGGUAUAUAAACAGUUACAACUCGCCUCUGUAGAAACGAGAAGGAAUCUUUCGCAAAGACCUAUGGGACUGUUAUUAAGGACAAGAAAAAAAAUGGCGCGAUCCCAGAAACAAUUGCGGGACGCGUUUCGGCUCCAGUUUCCUUCGCGUUUCUAAAGUAGCGAACAUUGUGCGUCUGUUUGAUUCCACGACUAACAUACAUCACAUUCUUUCUAACGUACUUUCUUUGGUCCAUUAGACAAAAACAAGGGAGAAGAAUCGCCUCGGAGCCAAGCUAGCAGUCGAGCCAGCAGUCGGGCCAGCAGUCACUCCAGCAAAAGCAGCCGCGCUAGCAGUCAAGGCCGCAACAGCAGAAGCGGUAGCCGCAGUCCAAGUGCUAAUGGGAGCACUGCACCCUCAUCCAAAGGGGCGUCACCCCGCGAGCCGGCAGAGGAGAGGAGAUCUUUCGAGGAACUGAAACAGGAGCUGGAGGAGGAACAUAGGAAGCAGCUGGAUGAGGUCAACAGAAAAAUACAGGAGUUACAAAGACUGCUGGAAGAGGAGAAGGAAAGACACAAGAGAGCAACAGCAGAACUUAAAGACAAGCGGCGAGAAUUAGACGAUGAACAACAGAAGUUUCUUCAACAGCAGAUCGAUGAGCAAAAUAAAAGGUUUGAACUUUGAUCUUGAUAAAACUUAUCAAUAAUUCAUAAGCCCAUUGACCUAUCAAAUGGUCGAUAAUACAUCACGUGCAGUGACUUUAUAUCGAUAAAAUCUCCCCUCAUUAGUAUACGGUGUUUUAUCAGAUAAAAAGUCACUGCACGUGACUUAUGAAUAUUAAUUAUCAGCACAGCAACUCAUACCGACACAACGAAUUGUGGGUGAAUAUUUAAUGUUCUUGCAAAAUUACACACGCAGUAAAUUUACUAUUGCACAAACUUAAACUUUGUUCUUUCACCAGUUUAAUCAGCUAAAAGUUCAGUGACUCGGCGGUAAUAUUGGCUAUAGCAGUGUCCAACCGUUGCCAAGACUUGCCAGUUGUGAAGACAUGACGCAAGGCUCGAGUCCUGAAUUUUUGUUUUCCUACGAUUCUGCCAUUCCAGAAAAAUGUUUUCAACGACUACUUUUUCACUACACGUGUUGUCUUUGGGGAAGCAUUUUCGAUUAACUUCCUCUCUUCCCCGGCACUUGUAGGUUUCCAAAAAGCUCUGGAACAGGACGCCAUAGUUUCCUUCGUGGAAGAAAAGUUCUAACGCGUGUGAGAUUUCAUUUUCUUGCAUCUCUAAUUUCAUACCUAAUAUUUUUUCGUAUGCUAAUUUCCAACAUUCACAAAAGCGUCAUUGUUAUCAACUCCAUUGAGACACGCUUUGCCAGGAAUGUCUUUGAAGACGCUCAAUAAACUCGCAGCACGUGUUUUAUCGGGUCUAAAAUCACUCGCCGAACACUGCUGCUCGUUUAUUAAACAAUACUUAGAAUUCUCAAACUCAUUAAUAAUUCAUAAAGAAUACAACGGAAAUUUAAUGUUUAAUGAGUGUUUGGAAAUCAGAUGAAAAACUGCUCAUUUUUGCAUCCUUAAUUUCUUCUUCUAAAAUCCCUUUGUGUGAAGUAAUAUCAAGCAUUCGACAUAGUGUUUCAUCACCAGAGGAAACACCUCGAAGUUCGUUAAAAAUACUCGGUGUUUCAUCUGGUGAUGAAACACUGCGUCUCAUUCUUGAUUUACCACUUGACCAAAAACAGCAAUAUCCUCGUGACAAAGAUUUUUGUUUAUGAAUCUCCCACAGGGCUUGAAAAAAAAACCUUGAAUUCCAGCUUGUCCUUUGGGCAAGCAGCUCUCACAUUUUGCUUGCCCCGGGGCCACUUCAUUGCUCGUCGUAGUUAAUCGUUUUAAGCCCCAACAUCAACAUGCAUCUUCUCCACACUGUUCUUCACACAUUCUUUAUGGUACUGCUUGAGAGAAUUUGUUCUAACAUCACAACAUUUGAUCUUUGGUGAUCAUUUCAUUCAUUCUCAUAACCUGUCUGUUUGAUCGGACAAUGUUAUCGUUGUGAGAAAUUGGAUGUGAGUCACUAUUGGGGCUUAAAUGGUUAAAAGUUAUUUGCCCAGCAUGAAAAUCUACUUGUCCCGGACUACCGGACGCGACUUUUUUCGGGCCCUAGAAUCAGGAAUUUAAUCUUUGUCUCCUCCUGUACUAUGUUGUAGUAAUUUUAAGUUCUCGGAGCACCUCUUUUUAUUUUAAUUUUCGCAAACAGGCAAACAGAGAUUCAGGAUGAACAAAAACGGCUUCAAAACCAACAGGAAGAACUGCUUAAAAAACAAAAAGAACAACAAGAGCAGCUUCUGAUGCAGCAGUACAACCAAACGCAGCAGCUACAGUUACAACAGCAACAACUUUUACAACAAUUAGCAAACAACCUCCAAGCCGCUCAGGACAGACCCGAACGCCCCCGCGUAAAGAUUCCCGAUAUCCCUGUGGUGUCUCCUCCGAGAUCACGUUCAAUAUCUCCGCCCAGUCCGUCGUCCGCGCGGUCAACUCCGCGGUCGUCGUCGCGGUCGUCCCCUAGGGCGUCGGUGAAAGGUUCGGAGAAGUCAUCAUCUAAAGGUAAGACUAAAUGACAUCAAAUUCAAGCUGAAAACAUUUUCAAUGAAAUUUCUUGGUUUGACUUCACUGAUUCGGUAUGUCUGUAGAGAUUCUAAGCAUUUAUGGUCGAUUUAGGGCCGGUUGUUUAAAAGAAAGUACAAUGUAGACAGUGGUUUUAGAUAAUCGGUACACCUUGAUAUCUCUUUAUUAGAGGGAUAUUUGAAGAAAAUUGGUAAAUGUUUUUUUCCAAUCUAAACUAUCUGCUUUCUUGACAGUUCUCAUGCAUAGAAAGUAACUCUAAGAUACUAGUUUGAUUUCACUUGUUUUUGCUGAUUUGAUGAUGGUUUAGAUUGCGGGUUUUGUUUCAAUGUAUAAAAAAUGGGCUAAGCAACGACGACGGUAGCGAAAACGUCACCCAUCGUGCUGCUUUGAAGUCCAUCGCUUAUAUUUCAGCUCUUUUAAUUUGUCAAAUGUUGGCGAUUUUUUCAGGAGUUGAAUUAUAAAGGACUGUAUCUAAGUUCUUUCCGCAGUGCAUAUAUGAUUUAUUUCAGAUAGCAUUAACACUCAUUUCUUUCACGGGAACAUAUGAACCAACAACUGACCCGCUCCCAACGUCAGUGGCUUCAUAGCUCAGUUGGUAGAGCAUCGCACCGGUAAUCGCGAGGUCACGGGUUCAAACCCCGUUGAAGUCCUGAUUUUUUUGUUUCAGGCUUCUUUACGCAAUUGCAUAAAUUGCGUUCACUGCGACGAUCAUUUCAUCAUUUUCAUUUCAUUUCCGCAGUUCAUAUAUGAUUUAUUUCAUAUGUCAUUAACAAAAAGAAAACCGUCGUCUAGAGUUCACGUCCUCCAAAAAAAGGAAAAAAUAGGACGUUUCACGUCGUAGUCGUGCAGUGACGGCAAAGAAAGGUACAACUCAAAAGCGUGAUGCACGUGCAAAGUUGUUGUUUUGCCAUUCUCGUUGCCAUCGCCGAUGCCAUGGCUUCCUAAUCCUAGGGUUUUUCUUAGCAAGUGCGGGAACGCUUAAAUGUCUAGGAUAUUGGGGUAGGUUGGUUCGAUGCAUAAAAUACGUUACCGUGGUUGGUUUAAAGUGGAACGUUUUGAAUUUGUUUGCCUCCCUCAUCUACUGGAACUGCCGUUCAGUUCACCAAUAUAUUCCUCUUUUUGUAGGUUCCCCUCGUAGUUCGCAAGAAUCAUCAAAGAAAUCUUCAUCACCUGGAAAACCUUUAGCUGAGUCUUCAAGACCAACGUCUGCUAGAUCAAAAUCAUCUAAACGAUCUUCUCAUAACAGCCUGCCUCCAGGAUCUGAUGAUGAACACAAAGAAGAGGAAAGCGACAAAGAAGAAGGCGAGAAGCAGUCUACAAAGAGUGAAAAAGAAAAAUCAUCAUCCUCUUCGUCAUCGUCGUCGUCGUCAUCCUCCUCCUCAUCAGACUCUUCUGAUGACGAGAAGCCCGACGGAGAAGAUGAGGUGCCGGCCGCUGCCCUCGCCGCUGGCAGCGAAGAUGAACCUCCCGCGGUCCAGUUCCACGUAUCCAAUGGGAACGAAGCGUGUCUUUUGACUAAAGGAUCUCACGGGCUCCUGAUAUGUAAGUUUUACCAAUACAAGUGCAGUCGACAACUCCCUCAAAGACGGACACCUUUGAGAGUGACCUUAAGUGUCCUUCUGAGAAAGAUGUCCGUCUUAUAGAGUCAAUUAGAGAGAGUAAAGAAAGGCGGUGACCAGCUGUAGAUGUCCGUUGUACCGAUGUAUUCGUCUCUUAGAAGUGUCCGUCGAGAGAGAGAGUCGACUGUAUAUGUAUGUAUCUCCAAUUUCAUUAGCAGUAAAACGUAGCGGCUCCCAUAACAAUAGUAGUGAUACUAAACUUAUAAAACCACAGUAAAUUCCUCAAAUGUGAGUACAUCAUAACUUCAGUGAAUUCAGUGUAAUAACUCAGUUUAAAAUUGGGUCGUGAUGUAAAGAUGCUGAGGAUGAAAAUGGCACAGCGUUAAAAAACGUUGCAGAAAAAUCAAACGCGUAAUAGAGCUUUAUUGUAGACAGUAGCUGAAGAGGCCUUUUCUCGACGAAAAUUCAGAAAAUUAAGUGUAACAUAUAUGCUUAAAACAUUUCAAUGUUAGGAGUUUUCGAUAGAAUAAACAAGUAAAAAAAACCCGCGACUGUGAGCGUUAUUGGUGACCCAUUAUAUUAGUAGGUAAUAGAUACACCUUAUUCUAUGGUUUAGCAUAAAAUACUGGUUAAACCAGGACACUACAGUGUAUUACGGCCUCGUAUUUUGCGCGUUCUCUUAACCUUAUAUGGUAAAAUGACAUAAUAGUGGAAUAGUAAAAUGGUUUAUAUGUGAAAUAUGGAAAAUAAAGCGCCCGGCACCAUUUGAUAACACACACUUAUUUAGGUCUUGCGGGUAUUUCCCAUUUCAGCUCGCCUUCCUCCGGACCAGGACCCCGCUGUAGAAACAGGCCGCGUUCCAAGAUCGCUAGAGGUGGGAGAAGAAGUUCUAGCUCGGUGGUCGGACGAGGGAUGGUAUUAUCGAGGUAAAACUUGAUUGACUUUCCCAAUUCUAUUACCUUUUUCGGUAUCCCUGGCUUGUUCUCUGUUACUUUGCGCCUGUACAACGCAGGUGGUUUCUAUGUCCGAGACUUGAAAAGUUUAAUUGUUAUUGAAACGGGGCCACCAGACCGCCCUAUAUGCAUAGUUAAUGUUUUACAGUAAAAUUUGUCCCCACGACUAGGAUCUUCCUAGGGCUCCUUAUAAGUACUAGGAUCUUCCUAUCUGAGGGGUAGGAAGAUCCUUGUACUAGGAAGAUCCUAGCACCAUGUAAACUGCCUUCGCUAGGAAGAUCCUAGUAUUAGGGACAAACCACGCAAAAAUGGUGGCGGGUCGUUCAGUGGCUAAUCACGGGAAUAAAGGCCGACCAUUUCGUUUGGCCUUACCGCGAGCUGAUAAUUGUGAUAAUUCUGCUGAAAAGUAGUUAUUAACGGCAGCAAAGAGAGAAGAAGGGCCCAAAUUGCAGUUCUUGUUUUUGUUGCCCGCCAUUUUUAAUUCGUUCUCGAACCUUCUCGUCUUGGGCACUACACGGACCGAAAUUUCUGCAUGUAAACCCAACGUAAAGUUGUUCCGCCUUCAAGGAUCUUUCCCCUCCAUUUGAACAGCCCCCAUAAAACGAAGGAGCGAUUCUAGCCCUGGGAAAUCUUAAUUGUUAUGGAAAUGUCUGCGAGCAGUCCCUUUUCAGUCGAGUCGAGACAAGCGAACAAGUCGAUAGGAGAACUGAAAAGAGGCUGCUUUUAUCUCAUGAUUGAGUUUAACGCAGAUGAGUUUUGUUUUGUUUCCAGUCUAAUCAGCCCGUCUAGAAUACUAAUAUUUGCGCUCUUCUAGUAUUGGGCUACGAAGAACUACGUAUUUAUAUUGGUUGAAUAAAGUUGUUGUUGUUGUUUUAACUGUUUUUAUUGCUUUCAUCAGGCACCAUCAAGCAAGAUUAUGGAGAUGGAAGUUAUUUCGUAGAGGACAGCGUAGGUGACCUGGAACAAAUCUACAGACCGGAUAUCAUCACAGAAGCAGAUGAUGCUGAAAAUGAGAUCGGUGUACAUGAUCCUGUGAUUGCGCUUCAUCCUUCAUUUCCUUACGCUUAUGCACCAGGUACGACAGUCAUGAAGAUUUAUCUUUGUGCAUGA